AUGGAAACAUUAAAGAACACGGACAUGACAUUAGCUUUGAAAGAUGGUACUCAAAACUUGCCUCUUUUAAAUAAAGUGAAUUGGUCAUUCGCGUUGUCGCUUCUUUUUUUUUUGUAGAAACACAGCGAUGAGUCCGUUUUGUAUUCCUUCUUUUAUCAUUAUUAUUAUUAUAACUGCGACUUGCUCCUUCAAUUAGCUAGUUGUUGUAGCAUUAAACAUUUGCCGAAAAUUAACGAGCAGGCCCACGAAAACUUUAUUCACUUUUUUUUUACUUGGGUUUACGGCUGUGAUACGCGGGGAUGAUAAGUGCGAAUUUCUGCGAACCGUGGCAUGAGCCGCAGAUCGAGAUACUGGUAUCAAGACAAUCAGAAAUUACCGCGGAAAUUGCAUUUCUAACGCCAUGCAUCGCCGCUUUAAAUUUGUCAUCCUUGCAGACCGCUCAUAACAACCACGAGAUUCACCCUUUCCUUCAAAUCAUUGUAUUUCCUUUUCAGGUAUAAAUAACGCACGUUUUAUAGCAGGUAUCGCUUUAUAUGAAUAAGGCACGGACGAAAGUCGAUUUAAACGCAAAUUGGUGAGUAGCUCGCGAAGAUAAACUUACUAUGACGGCGAUGAGCUAGAAGAGCAUCCCCGAUAAAAUGAAUUUUCCAGAAUUCUACUUUCGGUAAAAUGUCAAAUUUUUUCUAGUCUUUACUUACCCCGAUUUCAAUUCCAAUGCGACGGCUUCAAAAAACUUUUGAAAUAAUAACCUGUCUGUGUAUAAUCUUCAAGUAAAGUAACAUCUCCAGGUUCAGUUCGCGGUGUCAAUAAAUUCUUGAUUUUUGUCUCCUUUAAUUCGGUAGCCUUUGUGCAAUAGUCUCGAUACUUCCUCUUUUCUUAGCUGACUUAAAGAACAGAACACUUGUAAAACAACUACAGUAUUUGUCAGUUAGGCGCUCCGUUGCAAAACACCUGAAAUACAGAAGAAAAUAUAAUAUGGCCUCGCUUGGAAGCCCGGCGUCUUCAUAGAAUUGCUAAUAUGUUACCAAGGAAACAGAAUUCGUUGUCUUUCUUUUUUUUUUCCUUUUUAUUUCCCGAUUAUCUCCGCGAUGUCAAUAUGCCACUGUGGAAUAAUAAUAAUAUCCUGUCGCUGAUAAAUAACUUUCCUUCUUAGACGUGAGUUAUAUUAAUUUACCAAUCUUUAGAAGUCGAAAAACGAAAUUCAAUGCAAUAUGAAUCAUUUCGCAGCUGUCAUUUCUUUGAUCGCGUUUUAAAAUCCCCCUUUAGAGGACUGAAGAUGUUAGUUUGAGACUUGACAUCACUGUUUGAAUUCGCUUAUUUACACAGCAGUAACUAAAGGCAAAAUAAAAGAAAAAUGGUAAUUUCCUUUGUUAAGGAAACUACUAGAACAGCAUUUGCUGUAUGCUUUUUCCUCAGAUUGCGAAUGCACUCUUUCGAUUUUAUUAUCAUCUUGUAUGCAAGCGCGUGGACAGGUUUUCAAGUUUUUUUUUUUUUAAUCGAGAGGCAAUUAUUUAUUAAUGCCACUAUCAGGGGAGUUCCCACAAAUAUUUAGUUAUUAACUAACUCUUUUUCUGUUAGCCGGUAACAUUAUCAUACAGGGUAUUUCAGGGACAAAGUUAAAACAUUGUUUUAGUAUAGAUUACUGAUUUACGCCUCUCUGUGUGGGAGAGAUGGCGAAACGUGAUAAAUAUAAUUUUUUUAGUGAGAAAUUAAACUACAAUACUUUAACCUUCCCCGCUCAGAAUUUUUUUACUUUUGUUUUGAAAGGCUCCUAAACCAUCUACAAUAUCUCAAUGAGAAGUGCACAUGCAUUUGCCUCUGUUUUCCCGGCCCCAUGUAGGGUAAUCCAAUCCAGUCUUUUUGGAAUCUGAAUUCCAGGCUGUAAACUCCGGAUCCCUGUACAGGACUCCACAUUCCAAUCGUUAGAAGGAUUCCGGAUCCCUUGAGCUGAAUUCCCUGGAUUACGGAUUCCACAUUUGCUGGACAAAUCACUAACCAGCCGAUAACGUAAUUGGUUCCUCUAAGAAGGAAUCAUCCACUAGAUGGUGGCUUACUCGGUGGAUCGAUAGCGCUAUUCAGCUUCUGAACAACCGGGACUCCGUCCAGGUAACGAAGCUUUGUGACGAGACAAAGAAGUUACACACAGGAAUAACUGUUUCCUCUUCAAUCCUAAGUACAGGUCGACUAGCAUUUGUAGAUUGUUUCGUUCCCCGUAAGAGGUGUACGCACUCACUAGGGAAGUUUGGGUGGAGUUGUGCCGCCCGGGCCUUCAGGCCCUGUCCUGUUCAAGGCAGACAAAAAUUGUUCAUUUUCGAGGCUAACGUUAUCGACGGAUCUUUACGAACCCUUAUGCAAUAAGUAAAGAUCGUUUUAACGUAGCUUUACACUACUUUUCUCACGUGUCGUAAAGUGCUCUCUUUAAGCAUCUUUUACGGCAGCUUUACGGGCAGCUUUACUGGUUCGACUUUACGCACCUUUACAUGAUAGUGUAAACUUGCGUAAGGCUUUACCUCUGAACUUUACGGAACUUUAAGAAAUCAGCUAAAGUUCGGUAAAUUUCACUUUUCGUGCUGUGGCCAUCCAGACGCUCUGAACUUGGCCUCCCAAUGAGGACGCUCGUAGGGUUCCGAAGCGCUUGACGAAGCCCUAAGAACUUCUGGGUGGGAAGCCACUCUGAACUGGGUUUUAACCUAUUCUUCACAGAAGCACACGUAACCGCCCGUGCGGAUCCACAUUUCUGUGUAACGCUUGUGACGUCAUCAGUUUAGACGGUCAUGGUCAAAUUUGUCAUUCACCUUUUGCAGGGUGAAAAGAUCUUUCAAACCAUACCACGAUUCAGUCAAGGAGGCCCAAGAGAUAGACGAACAAAACAUGCAACGUUGACCUGAAAAUCUCCAUGAAAAGAUUGUUCCACCAUCCACUUACCUUUCCUUGCAUCUAAUCCUAAGAACCUAAAAGCUUUCCCUAAAACUUUUCCCACCGAAAUGCCUACUAAAUGCCUAGCCACAGAAAAAGAUGAGGCAAGAAAAGUGAAAGAAGAGGGAAAGAGAGAAAGCGAAAAGAAUAAGUCAAAGCUAUCUGCGCAUGCCCAAACUUAGAAAGCUGACUGAUUUUGCAUCUGGAUCAGAGUGUUGCAAAGUGUACGACAUAUAAACGGUUUUGUGGUAGGUUUUAGCUCUUUAUAGCCAGAGAUGGCGAUGAAACGAUUCUACAAGUUUCAAAACGUAUUUUUUUUGCAAAAAAAGGGUUAAGGAUAAGCAAAAAAGCGCUAUGAGGGUCUUUAACUGAUGUUAAGUGUCAACUAGUUUAUGUCAUAUUUAAAGAAACAAAUCACCGGGCAUGAAUUUGAGCCAUGGGCUGUUGAAUGCAAUUUCCUUCUCACGGGUGAAUAGAGAUUGUUAUCUAACAAGCCGACUGCUUUUGUGAACGUUACAAUUUCAUAUCAGCUGAUAUCUAGAUCUCAUCUUGGCGAGUCACAAGGCUGGCUGACAUCUCCGGCAGCGUGCAUGGCGAUUGGUUGAAAAUUGCUUCAAGAAACAUAACCAGAAGUUGUUAAGAGAAAUAUUUUGUGAGAUAACCUGAGAAGGAGUCUUGACAUUUAGUUAAAAUGCAGAGUCUGAUUAUUACAUCCUGAGUAAGUUUUUGACGGUGAGUUUUUUCACGAACCGAAUUCGGCUUAUUAUAGAACAGUCCAAGUGAGGUUAUAAUAGAAAAGGGUAGGAAUUAUAGAGACUAUAACUAUAUAACUAUAAUUUGGCGGAUUGCAGGACAUAGGAAGAGCAAUAACAGAAGUCUUUUCAUUUUCGAGUUGUAUAAAUUGUACAAAACGUACAGCCUCAUAUCUCUCACUGCUACAAAGGUUUAGCGCAUGUUUGAAGACAUAAAUUAAAGGAAUAUCUAAUCUAAUUUUGAAUAGUGUAACUUUCAAAAAAACAUCUUGCAGCCAUUACUACAAUAAGACCCAAUAACGUACCAAUUUCGUUCAUUUUCGUUAAAGGGUUUCACUCAGGAAAAAAGUUAUUUUCCGUGCCCCAAGACAAAUUGAGUUGACCCUAGCUGAUAAUACUGCGUUGUAUACACGAUGAUUUUUAUUUCUUAGAUAUUGUCAGUACUAAUUAUCUACUAGCACCGCAAGAACCUAAGCAAUUGGUUUGCAGUGUAACAACAAUGCCGACAAAAUACGGAGAGAUUAGGUACCAUGCUCUAUUUAACUUUUUCUUACACACAUCGCUCGACAGGUCAGUAAAGUAAAAUCUUUCAAGAAAAGAAGACUCGGAAAAGGGCCAGAAAUUAAUAUCGUCGGGAAGUGUCUUCGAAGUUUCCCAGUAAACAUUGUUUACUAUAGAAGCAAAUAUAUGAUAAAAUUAUGUUGGCUAUGUUGAAGAACACAUUCAAUUCCAUUUCAGAUAGAUUCAACACAAUGCGAAUUUAAACAGCUGCUUGAGUAUUGUCUGAUUCGUCUUCUUUUAAACUUGCAUGCAAGCCUUAAACUAAAUAUGACAAGUUGUGUUCUUCAUUAACGAGCUUAACGGUUCUUCUUUUCGUUAUAUCCCAUAUUGUCCUGCCUUAUGAUUGCAGUUAAAUGGUACUUCAAUUCUUUAAAGCUCUCGGAAAUGUUGGAACGAUCGACGCAAUUACUAUGAAAAAACGGUGUCCAUUUUCAUCUAAACGCCUUUCAAUAGAUUCCCUUGAUUUAGUGUACAAAGGCAAAUGGGACAUCUGCAGAGCGGACGUCAAAAGACAAACAUGCUGUAUUUCUAUAGAUUACAAAAUUUUAAUUCGGCGAGAAUACUAUCUGGCUGUCCUGUAAUUUCGAUCUUAUUUACGUUAACCAACUCUUAGUGAUUAUUAUUAAUUAUUAUUCUGAUUCUUUUUACUACAGGGAUAGUUUUUGUUUUCGCUGAUGGUCACUAUCUGAAAGUUUUAUAGUUAUCUUUUGAUUGACGUCGCCUCUAUUAUGCCACCUUCUGCUCAGUCAAUAAGGGUUUUGUUGACUUUUGAAAUCUUCUUCUACGCACUGUAAAGUGGUCCAUUUUCAGCUAAUUUAGUUAAAAGGCAUCUUUCAUUUGAGGUAAACCUUUUAAUUCACAUUGUUCUCGUUUUUAAGAAAUUUACUAAAAGAAUUAAACUCUCAAAAUCUGUUCUUAGCUGGGACGAGUUUCAUCUCUUCCUCCUAUAUUUAAGGCUGAUUUCUGAGCCGUAACGUGUCGCUUUCAAAACUACAUGACAUUAUUCAAGUAACUGCAUCAAACUAACCUCAGUUAACUUGAGUUUAUCAAAGACUGUUAGUCCGAACGUUGAUUCUUUUGCUAGCAAAGUGUAAUUAAAAACAAUUUAUUAUUCGCUCAACCUUAACUAGAAUUCUGUUUAUCAAUAAAACCAUAUACAGUCGACUCUCGCUUAACGGACACAUCUAUAAGACGGACACCUCUGUUAAACGGACAGUUAGAGUUGGUCCGUGCCUUUCUUUACUCCUUUUAUUUGACUCUCUAUAAGACGAACACUUAGUGCCGGUCCCAAAGGUGUCCGUCUUAGAGAGAGUUGGCUGUAUAGCCUUGUGUAUACAUUAUCAUUUUAUCAUGCUGAUCUCUAUUGGCCUUCAACGAUGUUCUACAUGCGUGUUUCCGUUCUUCUGUCCUACACUGCAACCAGCCUCCUAAAAAAAAAGAUCAUCGACUAGUCCUAAGCUGGUCAGCUCCGACAAUCAUGCCAUGGUUUCCAAGUCAUAACGUGAAAUUUCCUUUUUCUGGUUGGCAGGUAGCACUCUAACCAGCAAAUUUAAGCCUCAGGUACCUUAUAACUUCAAGGUACCCUGAGCGGAAGGUUUUCCAUAGACUAAGGGGGUCGACUAAGAGUUAAGUACCGUCCAGUAGUUCACAGCUAUUUUCAUGUGGGAGUAGACGGCUGUAGCCUUAUGUAAAAUAGCUCUCAAUUCAGUGUAUCUUAUAGACGAACGUUAAGGAUUAAAGAACGUUUCACUCUCGAAAAGAAAUUUUCUCCGUGAUUUUAUUUCUUAAUUUUUCUACACAGAAAAAGAGCGGAAUCCAAAUAGGUGACGACUUCAAGAGAAGGAGUGGCUGAAAUAAUAUGAUUUAAUAUUGGCUCUUAAAAUGAUGUUUAAUCUUAAAAAUAAAAUAAAAAAGAUCAAAAUCUAGCCUACUGCUAACAGGUUGUCUGCAUAACGUACCCGUAAUCAUGUGUAAUAUGUCAGCUGUCGUUAAGCCCUAUUUUAUUGAAAUUGUUAAUUUUUCCCGGAAAACAGGAAAUGAUCAGAAGGUUUUAAUUUUGUGGUUUUCAUGACAAUCUGAGUAUUAUGACCAGAACUGUAUUAUUACUAAAUCAAACUAUAUAUAUUAAUAUUAAUGCAUUUCUUUCCCAUAUCAACAUUUUGUUGUUUCAGUUUGGCUUAUGAUGAGGAAUGCUUGGGACUGGUCUUGCAUAAUUAUCGUUGUACUCUUCUCAGCUUUAAAUGGUUAGUAGGGACCGGUAUGCUCUUAGGUUUACCUUUGGAAAAUUAUUUCUUGGCUCUCUCUAACUUUGGCACAGAGGAUAAUGAGCUGAAUCAAAAUUUUGCAAUAGUAAAGCACUCAUCGUCCUUAACAGUUUAAAGUAAAAAUUUUGUGUUUCUAAGUCACGUGAUAUGUCACGAGACCAUUUUUCAAAAAAAUCUUAAAUAAUUGGCAAAUUGGUAGCAGAUGUAAGAAAAGAAAUCAAGCAAUAACAUUUUUCUCAUUGCAAUGAAAUAUUUCGAACUCUUCACGUUUGGAAUGACUGUCCAUUGCACCUCAGAAAAAAUUAUGAGCGAAAAAAAUAUUUGAAAUACUAAUUAAACAUUAACUGCAAAGGACCGCAAACGAAUAUGUUGCAGAACUUAGGAUCAAAAAAAGACCUGAUCAUCAAAAAUAUACCUAGUAGACAAUUUAGAAUGCGGCCACGCUGAUCGUACUACGUGAAAAUUAACUUUGCAAGACAUCAGCACGACACCGAAAGAACUCAAAACAAAACGGGGCUGUAGCCGUCGACAACUUUCGGUGUCGUGUUGAUGUCUUGCAAAGAUAAUUUUCCCGUAAUACGAUCAGCAUUGCAGAAUUCUCAAUUGUCUAUCAUCAAAUGCCCUAAUUUUAAUCUUGAAUUUAAUAUUUAAAGCUUUAAUUUUAAACUUCGCGUGCAUUAAUUCCGAAUGUAGAAAGUAAGGUAUAUUCACCCUCUAUCAGAAACGCCAAUUUAUUCAUCUAAACAAAGUAAUUCGCCACCAAUUCGCCAAUUUCCUUCAUUUUCAAUUUUUUGGCAAGUGACGCGUCACGUGACCAUAAAUAAACUUUUAAGGCACAAGAAGACCUCAAGAUUUACUUUUGGAGAACUAGGUAUCCUAACGAGAGCUAUUGCCAAUUAAUCGUAUGCUCCGAACGCCCAUUUUUUUAUUUGAUCCAUUUACAACAGCAAUAAAACAUGCUAAAGAAUGGAAACUUAUAAAUUUUCCCCGCUAAACGUCUUAGUCCUUUCUCAAGGUAUGUUUUUCGUGUUUGUUAGGAUCGCCGAUUAUUCUGACGAGGAAUACAGAUUAUUCAACCAAUCUGCACAAUUCCACUUCAUUGCAAUGCACGACAAACUCCUCGUCAAACAUCACGUGGUAUCACGACAAUCACACCGUCCAAAGCAGUGCGUAUUACACAAUCAGCAGUGAUGACAAAAUGAGUAUGCUGAUAGUUAAAGACAUCAACUGCCAACAGGCAGGAAAUUACACAUGUGUGGCGACGAAUAAGUAUGGUAGUGACCAGCGACAAUUCACCAUUACCAUAUUUGGUAAGAAUAUGAUAGCUGGGUAUUAUCCACUGAUCAUGACACAUAAUUAUUCACAAUAUUUCAGCAAAGGAUCUCAAACUGUGUUGUUAUAUUCCUAGACUUUCACUCAACUAAACAGGGACUGCCAUUGGUUGAUUCUUGGUCACGUGGCCUUGACUAAAAUCAAAUGUGUCCCGAUCGUGAUACAUUAAACAAUGUAUCCCGCUCGGGAUACAACGAUUUUUAAAGUUAUCCCAGAAGUUCCCAGAAGAAAAACAGCAGCUAGUGGAGGAAAAAGAUGCAGAUAAUAUGAGGAAAGUACUUUUGUUUGUAAAUCAUUCAUUCAGUGGUUUUGAAAAUUAAAUUUGUGUUGUUAUAAGUACCGAGUCGACUGUUUUGGUUCGCUCCGGUUAUUCUUUUGUUGCUGUUGAAGUGAAAGUCUAGAAAUAUAACAAAACACUUAAUGUCAAGUCCCUCGGGAAACCAGUUAGUUUUGUUUUCCCUCGAGUCCUGAUGUUUCCCUCGACUUCGUCUCGGGAAACAUCAGGACUCUUGCGAAAACAAAACUAACUGUUUCCCUCGGGAUCUGACAUUAAGUGUAUAAUGUUCUUUAGAACAAGAAGGCUAUGUCGCUAUGACUAUUCACCACUUGCACAUCUCACAUAACACACCCUGUUUGCUCCCUCAAAUUUUGCAUAACCUUUGUUUUUCAUUUCUCCUCGGUAUUACGGCCCUCCCAAGAGAAAUUGAAAACAAUGCUUCUAUAAAAUUUCGUGGGAAAAAAAAAGGUGCAUUUUGGGAGAUGUGCAAGUGGCGAAUGAGUUCUGACUUUUUUUAUACAACCAGAUUUACCACGGCCUCCCUCAAAUCUUGUGGUGGAUCCGCAAACAAAACAAAUCACAUGGAAGAACGUCCCUGGUUAUAAGUGCCUUCCAGAAUCACACUUCGUUGUACAAUACAAGAAGUAUUCUUCGACAAAGUGGAAUAACGCUGGCUAUUUUGACAAUAGAACAUUCGACCUCAAGAAUGCUACCAAAGGGGAGAAGUAUCAUGUCCAGAUAUACGCCAUCAACGUUGUUGGAAAAAGCCAAAUAAAGAGUGUUGUCUUCUGGACAAACAGUAAGCUUAAUUGAUUUAGGUUUUUCCUUGUCCCAAGUUGUCACUGCAAUUACUUAGCAAUGCCGACAUUAAAACUGAAUAACGAUUUACAUUCUUCAAAAACUGAAUGAGUGAAUAGUCUUUUCCAAUAAAAUGUUUUCAAAAUACCGUUGGACGAUUUGGGGGCAGAACAAAAUAGCAUCGACAAACACCUACGAUGCGAUUCAGGCCCGUUGAGGGCUUAGUAUCCAGCCUUUGACUGGACGUGAGGUUGAGUUGACCUUAUUUUGAUACAAACAUCUUUCCUUUUAUUACGGAAAUUAUGUUUUAAAAAAAAGUUGGCAUAAAGAAAAACAACGUGAUUUACAUAACAAGGCAGAUAGGGCUGUAUCAAAACGAGGUCAACUCCAACCUCGUUUUCACUUGUAACUGUGCUAGGCCAUUGUGAAUUGCUCGAGUCUGAUCGGACAAUAGGAGUCAUCGUGAAAGUUAGAGAUCAUAAUUAUGUAACAUAUGAAACCCCGAUCAGCCUAACUUCGCUUCGGCUUCUCCGAUCGCUGUAUUUUUAAUUGUUCAUAGAUCAGGCCCUGACCUUUUGCAAAUGGAAUUUUUUUUCUUAUACAAGUUCACAUGUAACGUUUUUGAGUCGUUUUCUCCCGUCCACAUGAAACGCUAAAACGGUGGAAAUACGAUAGCACCCCUUACAGAGCAUGCGUAAUACUAGUCGAAUAGUGUUAGCAUUAGGUAACAUCGGCUAAAGCCAGAUUGUUUCUUUCAGUAAAAUUAAAUGAGGAACAACUUAAAGCCAACUUUACUGUGUAAUAUAAAAUAAAAUAGAUAAAUAGAACUGGGAUGUUUUGAACCCGAGACACUAGCUUCAAAACUUACAUCCAUAUUCGCUACACCAUCGAGGACAACUUCGUUCCCAGGGUUCUCUCCUACCCGCCCUACGGAGCGAGAGAGAGAGAGAGAGAGACUAGACGGGAAGGAGAAAGAACCUGGGAACGAGGUUGCAUCGAGGACUAUCUACCUAUUCCAGUAAUUUUUAAAAUAUACCUGUACUUGUGGCGUAUCCCAUCAUCAUAUUUGAAACCUCGCCGUUUUCAGUUGAGUGCUUAACCCUGGACACUACAGAUCAGUGUUUAAUUCCUUUUCAGUAAUUCUACAAGGUUAGUGGGGUUCUGCUAUGCUAUUGGAUCGUUACGUUAAGAGAAUAAUGUGUUGUGUAAAUCUCAUAAGGUGUCCAAUCUGGUUUAAACUGAUGUUACGUAAGGCUAACCGUCGUAUACGAUUAGUACGACAUCAUCGUUUUCAAAAAUCUCCAUUUCUAUAUCAAACAUGGUUUAAAUUGUUCAAAAAAAAUAAAAGAAGUCAGAAUUCACAUUCUUUUAAGCCAAUGCUUGAUGAUUUUGAUAAGAAAAUCACAUAAUUUAUUUGUUCUCAUUUUUCUAACUAGUUAAGCCAACAGAUACUUAUCUAGAAGUCAAUGGUACAGCCGUCCAAGACGCACAAAAGAUAUUUGUAAGCAAAAGGCAACGAGUGAGGGUGCGUUGCCUCGUAACAGCAGAACCAAAGCCUAGAUUCGUAUGGCGCAUUCCCGGCUCUGUGUUUAAGCUAAUAUUCUAUAGAAACCUCCUGGUCAGUGGCAUAAAAUGGCAGGCGUCGCUCGGCAUCAAUAGCAUGAGCUGCAGUUUGUCUGGUACAUAUUCCUGUAUGCCGUACAAUGCACUAGGAUAUGGGUCGAGACCAACCAUUACGUUUGAAGUCUUAGGUUGGUUUUUCUUAGUUUUUUUGCUCUUGUUGUCAAUUUUGCGCCUUAUAUCUAUCAUCAUCAUCAAUUAUUUUCACACAAAUUAAAUGCCCACAGUACCUACGCCUUUAAAACUUUUAGUAUAUCAUACGAUAAAAAAAAAUACAAACAAGCACACUUAAUACAUUUAAAGUUGAACGUUUAAGACGGCCUCAAAGGCAAAAUAACAGAAAAAAAUUACUUGAAUGAAGUUAACAUUAAGUUAAACAUCACAGGCUCGUUUACGCGAUUCGAUUUGUCGGGUGUUCUAUUGGCGGCCAAUUCACGGGUCGAUCUUUCGACCAUAAGGAAAAAGACAAACUGAAAACCAAAAAUUGAUCCAAUUCUUGCGUCCGCCUUAUUUUAUUUCGUAUUACGAUAAGGCGAAAAAUUUUUAGUGUACUGUGUAAAUUGGCUUUAAAGUACAUUUCUUGACUUAAUAUCUCCUGUUUACAGAGCCUGAUCCACCGAAAACGUUUGUUGUUGUUUUCGCGAACAUCACCACGGUACAAAUUUCAUGGUCAGCUGACAAGUGCAACGGAAUUAGAAAGCCUAGCAGUCUUUUCGUUCGAUAUAGAAAAGAGGGUUACAGUGCAUGGAUUGAAGAUCAUUACAACAAUCCUCCGCAGUCAAUAUUUCUUACUGGAAAGUUUCAGUACGAAACAGUGUACGAGUUUAGUUCUCGCCUGGGGUACAAAAACAGGAUCGGUGUGUACAGUCGCCCCCUAAAACUUCGAUCUCCAGGUAAAGUCAUCAAAUUUCGAGGUCAGCUAUUAUCAUUCUAA